AUGUUUGGUUUCACAGCUGUAGCUUAUUUUAGUUACGAUAAGGGACGGGUCCUUGAGGUUGGUCCGGAUCGGGUUGCUGCAGAAUGGAUUGUUCGGUGCGAGGGGAAAGUCAAGUGUGUAAUACCGCUUUUAUGUUUGUAUUUCUUAAAAAGAUUUUACGGAUAUCGGUAUUGCGAGGACGGCAGACAUCUAUCAUUUAGGUUUGACAAGGUCCAUACUGAGUUUAAUGAUUACAACAGUUUGAUUAGGGAAACAUCUAAACGGGAUUACAGCAAUCCUAACAACCAUCUUUAUGUUGUAAGUAUUGACGCAACGGAUGCUUCAAUAACCAGCCAUGGAUGUCGUCAUUUUGGUGAAUUAUUUUUUUUGAAUGAGUUUACUUUUGCUACUGAUCUUGCUUUUUCUAUUCUAGCUGGGCUGAAUUCAUUGGUCGAUGUUCGGUUUGUUCGGUGUAAAAAAUUGGAUGAUACCGGAUUGUACUUUAUCCAAAAAACUGUCGGAAGCAACCUGCAGUUUUUACAAUUGGAGAGCUGUCCAAGAAUCACCGACAAUGGUUUAAAAUAUAUAUGCAGUUUUAUGUACAAUAAAAGUUUUUUCAUUUUUUUUAUUGGAGCUAUUAUUUAA